GAGUAGUUCCUCGCUGCCUCGCAGUGGGCGUGGACAUAUUGCGGAGGGAGAAGUGGGGAACAGCACUUGACGUAAACCCAGCAGUAAAAUUUCUCGUUUGCUAAAUAUUUGACAAGUUUCCACAUUCUCUAUUUUCAGAUCCAAUCCACGGUUGCUGCUGCCCAGAGUGAAAAUGUUCUACACCUGCGGGCCCAACGAGGCGAUGGUGGUGUCGGGGUUCUGCCGCUCCCCUCCUAUGAUGAUCGCUGGAGGCCGGGUGUUUGUGGUGCCCUGUAUCCAGCGGAUCCAGAGGAUCUCUCUGAACACCCUGACUCUGAAUGUGAAGAGUGAUAAGGUGUACACCCGACACGGAGUGCCCAUCUCCGUCACUGGCAUCGCACAGAUGAAGAUUCAGGGCCAGAAUAAGGAGAUGCUGGCUGCGGCUUGCCAGAUGUUCAUGGGGAAGUCCGAGCAUGAGAUCGCCCAGAUCGCCCUGGAAACGCUGGAGGGCCACCAAAGAGCCAUCAUCGCCCACCUGACUGUGGAGGAGAUCUAUAAGGACCGCAAGAAGUUUUCUGAGCAGGUGUUCAAAGUGGCCUCAUCCGACCUGGUCAACAUGGGCAUCAGUGUUGUCAGCUACACCCUCAAGGACGUUCAUGAUGACCAGGAUUAUCUGAACUCCCUGGGGAAGGCUCGAACAGCGCAGGUUCAGAAAGAUGCCCGGAUAGGAGAGGCCCAGAACAAGAGGGAUGCUGUCAUCAGGGAAGCCCAUGCGAUGCAGGAGAAGAUCUCUGCUCAGUAUCUGAAUGAGAUUGAAAUGGCCAAAGCUCAGAGGGACUUUGAACUUAAGAAAGCCGCCUAUGACAUGGAGGUGUUCACCAAGCAGGCUGAGUCAGAGAUGGCCUACCAGCUGCAGGUUGCAAAGACCAAGCAGCGCAUCGAGGAGGAGAAGAUGCAGGUGCAGGUGGUGGAGCGCGCGCAGCAGAUCAUGCUCCAGGAGCAGGAGAUCACCCGCAAGGAGAAGGAGCUGGAGGCCAAGAUCAAGAAGCCCGCCGAGGCCGAGAGGUACCGGCUGGAGAGGCUGGCCGAAGCCGAACGGAUUCAGCUCAUCAUGGAGGCCGAAGCUGAGGCUGAGUCUAUCAGAGUGAAAGGCGAGGCUGAGGCCUUUGCCGUGGAGGCUAAGGGCAGGGCGGACGCAGAACAGAUGGCCAAGAAGGCGGAGGCGUUCCAGCAGUACCAGGAGGGGGCGAUGGUGGACAUGCUGCUGGAGAAGCUGCCCCUGAUCGCCGAGGAGAUCAGCAAGCCCCUCUCCGCCGCUCAGAAGGUUACCAUGGUGUCCAGCGGCGGCUCGGAGGUGGGGCCGGCCAAACUGACCGGGGAGGUGCUGGACAUCAUGACCAGGCUGCCCGCGGCUGUGGAGAAACUGACCGGAGUCAGCAUCUCACAGUUAUCUACGCGUGUGGCCUGAAGAGGAACAUGGGCAGACCCCAGAGAAUGAGAAUCGACACCUGUUCCCACUACCCUGCCUGUCUGACUGAGCGACUGCGACUGCAUGUGAUUGGAUUCACAGCCUACCCUUAAACCACUUCCCCUUUCUGGAACUCCUACACUGUGUCCGCCUGUGUGUUUGUGUGCACGUUUCCCUGUCUGUGUCUCUCUCUCCACGCCCUUCUAAAUAACUGCCUCUAUCCACUGCCUUGCUAUCUAACUAACCCAAAGUGCAACUUAUAUUGAAAUCAUGUGAUCUCACUAUCCUCAUUUCCAUCUGAUAUUCUACUUCAUCACUCAGUCUUGUACAGCAAUACGGAAGCAAUGUCCAGUCCUAAUCCAGCCUCUACGGUUCUAUUUAUAACCAUUGUUCAUUUUCUAUGGAUUUGACUGGAACAGAGAAAAACCACUCACGCAGGCGAGGGAUAAAUACACAAUAGAUGCAUAUCAGAUGAUUUCCUGUUUUCUGAGCCAACCAAAGGCCCAGUUUUACUUUUUUCCCCAAAAAACAAAAGAAUCAACUGUCCUGCUGGGGUUGAUGAUGUGGUUUCAAACAAGUUUCUUUUUGGGGAUUUCUGAGGUAAUUCUCUGUGCUCUUUGGGGAGAGUCCGUCGUCUUCCCCGCAGGUCUCGUACUCGCGCUUUUGCGUUGCUUUGUCGCAUUUUGAACCUCGCCAGUCGCUUAUUUUUUCCCGCCACUCCUUGCUGCUACGAGGUUUCAUUUGCGGAGCCAGGAAGCCCACAGGGAGCAGACUACACCCAGGUGCUACCCAGCUUCGUCUGAGAUACUGUCUUCUGCUAUUAGAAUCAGAGGUACUUUUUUUACGCCAGGAACAUGAACACCUUGGCGACAAGUGCCUUGUUUCACAAGGUGGCGGUUUCAGUAGGGAAGUGGUCGUGCUGGAAAAGAGGGGGAAAGAAGUCGUUAAAUGAACAGAGGACCAACAGGAGUUUGCAGGGAAGGUUGAAGGAAGGGAGAAUUUAGUAUGUGUGACAGCACUGAAAUGAAUGCGCUGGCUUUGCAAAUCUUUCAUAAUGAAGGUCAGGUGCUACUUUGCCAAUCAUACAGGCAACUGUUGUGCACUCCCAUCAUCAACAUUAAACACGUAAAGCAUUUUAUUCACUGUCCACAAGAUGGCAGCAACACACUAACCUCAACGCUACAGUUGGGGGUUAGUCAUUUUGAAUGCUCUCCACUGCAGGGCUACAGUGUGUGCUAUCAGCAAAAUGAGAGCCAGAAUACUGGUUACUUGAAACAAUUUCCACUAGUUACCUCGGAUAUAAAUUAAUUACACAUUAACAUGUUCACAGUCAAGUGCCUGGACCCAGUAACCAAACUCAUUGUCCUCUCACGCUAAUAUAAAAGCCUUUUUAAUGUAGUCUAUUUAUCAAUGUCUGCGGUGUGAUUCUGAAUUCUGCAUUUUAGUUAGUGUGCUUUGUGAAUCACCUUCCUGCAUGCGCUUUUAUGAUUAUUCUUGUUUGUGUGUUAAAAACAUAAAAUAUUAGAAGGGGGGAAAGAAAUAACUGCAAAUCAUGAGAUAACACAAAAUAUAUCAGGAAUGUAAGACUCUUGCAGUACUUUUUGGAAUCAGUACACUACAACAGGUAUGGACAUCCGGAAAUAAAAAUUAAUGAUGUUGAUUGCAGUCACAAUCAAUGGACUGUUAUGCAUAGUCGAUUAUGAAAAUCUGACUGACAGUUGCUCAGUUAAACGUGAUAAAACAUAUCUCAAUAUGCAGUUAAGAUGUACGUAUUCUAGCUAUUGAACACCUGUGUCACUAUUCGUCAUGGUUGGUGUUGCUGUUACUAUCUUGAAAUGGAAACUGCUGUAGACUAGAACACUAGUUGCUCUGUACUGCUGCUUAGCUAUAGACAAACACUAGACUCAUUUUCUAGGGGCUCAUUAAAUUUGUUAUUUUGAGAUGUCAAAUGUGAAUUUGUAGGCCAGUGUGUGCUAUCAGUUCUACUAUCCUCAUUUAAACUUUAUAAGUUGUAUUGAACUAGCUGUUUUUUUUAAAUUCCAAGAAAAAAAUGUUUGUGGUGUUAGUUUGAUUUUGUUUUUGUACUUUGACGACUUGCCAAAUUGGAAUUUGCUUUUGUGUAGUAUUGAAAUUACUAUUAGUGCACUGGGAUAUUGAAGAAUAUUACUGAUAAUAUGUUUGCAUUUUCUAGGAAGUAUUACCAUUUAACUUCAUACAAUAUACAAUCCCCAUGGUAACUAAAUCACAAC